UUUGAGCUUGAACGUGUCCAUGUUUUACAUAACACGGUUUUACAGAAGUCUGUUGCGCAUAUUUCAUUUUUUUGGUUUAUUUAGUGAUAGUCAAAGCCUAGCGUAGGACCAAGAAUGAAGACAGGAAAAAAAGAAAUCAAGACAUCAGAUUACGAGUUUUCAGAAAAUGUUGUACUUAGGUCAGUGAAAGACCACAUAGAGAGGGCGGGAAUAUGUGCACCGUCUUUUCCUGAACCGCAGACAAAGAUUGAUGAGCGGGAGCAGCUGGUUCUGGAACAGCUGAUUAACUUCUCCAGAGAGAUCGGCGACAUUCUCGAUCAGGAUUCGAAUUUCAAAAACAUGGUUGAUGGGUUUGCAAGUGUGGUGGAUCCACAGCAUUUCCAGAGCCUUGUAGAAAAAAUGCUUGUUGAUGACAUCACCUGGGGGAAAAUUAUUACUCUGAUCUGUGUUAUUGGGAAAACAGUUGCAAAGAUUAUUGGUAAUUCUCUCCCAAGCAUUGUCUUAUGGACACUAAAUUACUUCAAGGAUAAGCUACAGAACUGGAUCUGCAGUAGGGGAGGUUGGGUCAACAGUAUCUCUUCCUUGGCUCGUUACUCUUUUGAGCGAGAAUUUGGUUCCUCAUCCAGCCCAAUCUCUCUCUCCUCUGGAGUCUUCUUUAUCAGUGGAGCACUGGUGGGUGGCUUUAUCAUCUGGAGACUACAGAAAGGUGCAUGAGGAGGGUCAGUGGAGGACUGAUGUGGUGAGAAAAGGAGGAAUGCUGGGAUUUACAAAUGCUAUAGACCAAAAACAAAAGAUAAUUUGGUGACCAAAUAUAGGAGAGGGCUACUUGGGAAUGCUGUCACUUUUCAUCACCUCCAGAAUGGGAUGUACAGUGUAGCAAUAACCAGCAAGAUUUGAAACAUCGUACAUAUUGUGCCAAGAGGACUGUUCACUGUAUUUUUAGUGACACUGUUAUUAACCUCGUCCUCAUUUUCAUUAGUGCAAUUGUUUUAACUCUAUGUAUUCUGUUGUCAAACCAACUCUUUCAAUAAAACAAAAUCUGAUCUCA